AUGGCCAAACCAUUUUCACCAAAAAUAGAGUUCACUGUGAGGAAAUGCCAACCAAAACUAGUGGCUCCAGCCAAGCCUACACCUCGUGUGGUUAAGCUACUCUCUGACGUAGACGACCAAGAGCAUCUAAGAUGUCAAAUUCCAUUAUUCUUCUUUUAUCCUCACAGGCCUUCCAUGGCAGGAAAGGACUCUGCUAAGCUCAUCAAAAAGGCACUCGCUGAAACCCUAGUCUUUUACUAUCCAUUUGCAAGUCGACUUAGGGAGGGAACUGGUCGCAAACUUAUGGUAGAUUGUAAGGAAGAAGGACUCAUUUUCAUUGGAGCUGAUGCAGAUGUUUGUCUUUACCAAUUUGGUGGCCCUCUUAAACCUCCAUUCCCUUGCUUUGAAGAGCUUCUUUAUAAUGUCCCUGGUUCAGAAGGAAUCAUUAAUUGCCCCCUCUUACUCAUUCAGGUUACACGUCUCAAGUUUGGUGGAUUCAUUUUCGCUCUUCGCUUAAACCACACUAUGAGUGAUCGUCUUGGUCUUGUUCAAUUGGUGAAGGCUUUAGCUGAGAUAACACAAGGAGCUUGUGAGCCUUCAAUCCAUCCAGUUUGGUGCAGAGAGUUACUAAAUGCGACGGACCCACCUCGUAUGACAUGCUGCCACACUGAAUACGAUGAAGUGCCAAAUAAUGACGAUGAUGAAACAAGAAAUGAAGACAUGGUCUACGAUUCUUUCUUCUUUGGUCCUAACCAGUUAAAGGCCAUUUAUCAAUGA